GAUAUGCAUCAAGGCAAAGGCGGUGAAAGAUGGAUGUGGCAUGAAAAGAGAAGAAGAUGCGCCAUGUACAGCGGACAGAGGGCGGGCAGAGGGCGGGCAGCGGGCAAGGGUUGGGAACAAGUAGUCAGAGAUGUGUGCCAGUCGGGGGUAGCGAGCGUCGCCGGGCAGGCGCAACAAGUGGGUUGUUCACAACACAACAAUGUAAGUGGCGGGAGAGCAGAAUUGGAAAUGGAACGAGCAUGGGCUCAGGAGGGGGGGAGGAGGAGGGGCGGAGAGGCGGAGGGGCGGAGGGGCGGAGAGGCGGAGAGGCGGAGGGGCGGAGGGGUGGAGGGGCGGAGGGGCGGAGAGGCGGAGGGGCAGAGAGGAGGGGUGGCACCGUAA